GGCUUUUUGCCUUGCUUGGUAUGAGUCGUUGGCACAAAGGUGAAAGGGUACGAAGGACUAUGGUCAACGGUUGCGAUGCGAGUGCCAGAGACCACGGGACUGGCAGCAUCGAGGCGAGAUUCCUGAUCAGGCAACUGUGCCGAACUGAAUCAUAGGCUUGGCAGAACCCUGGGUUUGCGGGCCAAAACCAGGCCUUGCAGGGUGACUGACGGUGACCUUCGAGCCCCUUUUCCACCUUCUCUUGAGUCUUGGAGCAUGCAGCAGCUCACGCCAUCAAAGCAGACAGAUCAAUUAGAUAUCUUCAGGCAUUUCCCCCGACUUGGUAGGGGGUAAUCAAUCUUCCAUUCCCGUCCUGACGCUAUCAUGUCUGUCCGUCCUGCCACAAAGGCCGACAUCCCGAUGAUGGCCGCACUUCUGGCCGCCUCCUUUGGCCCGGACCCGCUACUUCAAGUGAUGUUCCCCUACCAGUCUCAAUAUCCUCAGGCGUAUGUGCAGGCUGUCGAAGAAUAUCUGUGGUGCUGCUGGUACGACCACAGCAAACGUCUGUUCGUCUCCUAUUACGAGAGCCCCACAGAUGAUCAACAAGAUGAAGAAGGACCUGGCGACGAGCAGCAACUGCUCUUACGAAAGACGAGACCGCUUGUGAGACACAACCAAGUCCUCACAGGCGUUGCAGAAAUGGAGCGAGUGGGAAAGGGAUGGGAGCACAUCUACGGAGUCUGGGGGAGACUCGAUCCACGUCUUUUGAUCAAGCCUAUACUGCGGACUUUCUACGCUGUCCGCCGACGCCUGUUUGGCAACAAAGCAGCGGCACGACCGACACGGGAAAACCCUUCCCCCCUCACCUAUUGGAACUUCUUGCCGUCUAUAAUUCCAUUUAGCAGCCAGUUCUUCAGCGCUCCUCAUCGACAGAUACACUGGUCCCUAGAAAAUCUCGCCAUUCAUCCUGACCAUCAAGGGAAAGGCUUUGGGAGCAAGCUUGUAAAGCAAGUGUUGCAGGUGGCCAAGAACGACCCUGUCGGUGAUUUACCAGUUUGUGUCGUCGCUGCGGAUGGUAAGGAAGGGUUCUAUAAAAAGUCUGGGUUCGAAUAUCUUGUUGGCUGGAUUAGCAGGACGACGGAUGCCAAUGGCCGUGAUAAUCCUCUGAGAGCGAAUGGCGUCGGCGGAGGGGCUGUGCUUUGGACGAGAUGAUGACUCUUGAGACUUGGAGGAGGUCGAGCAGGGCCAGGUUGCAUCCAAUCUGGAGCUCAAUAUUGCGGAAGAACAGAUCAACUGACGAGGUCACUUGUGCAAGGAGACAUCUCGAUGCAGCAAUUACUGCCAUGCUGCAGUGAUGCAGAAGUAUAGGUAGUCUAAGAGAUGCUUCCCACCCCGCU